GCUGAAACAACAUGGACGCCUCCACCCCGGCACGUGAAAUUUUUAUGAACGCAGUCAGAGUACUACUAUCAACCUGGCCGGUACUACAGAAAGUCAACCUUUUCUUUCUAUGUUCCGGUGUCAACAAAGAGUUUGAGGCUGAACCCUAGGAACCCUAUCCCUGAUUGCUGUCGACAAUGGUUUUGGGGGAGCCUUUGGCCAACAGAAGGCCGAAUGGAUGAUUGAUGUUGUUGGGAAAUAUUUCUAUGAAAACUCUGACCUGGUGCCCUCAGAGGUUGAAGACUACAUCUCAGUCCUUCUGGACCAGGAGUUUAAUACCGAAGUGGACGAUGGCAGCCUAGCCCAGCUGUCCCAGCAGAUGUGCUCGAUGUUCUCCCAGUGCCAGCAGGGGGCGACGGAGAAAGUCCAACAGACCAUCGCCUCUCUGGCAGAGAAGAACUCAGGGAGGGCAAAGGUCAGCGUGCCCGCCCCUUCUGACGAAGAGGAGAGUGAGGAAGAAACUGAGGCCAUGGAAUGUGAUGCAGCUCCCAGUUCCUCCCAGGCCACAGCUCUCCCCUCCCCAGCCAAGACGGAGGAGGAAGAGGACGGCUGGACCACAGUCCGCAAGAAGAAGUGAUGAAGAGCAGUGAAGCGAUGUUACCCUCUGAACCGUAUAGUGUUGAUGUGAAUUAAACGAUGAGCUUUGUAUAAAAACAAGAAAACCAAAGCUCUGGAGUUGUUUCUU